UGCCUGUUAACACACAGGUAGAGAAGGCAACAUAAAGCCUCCAGCCUUGGAAUUCAUUGCUGCCUUAACAUCUGGAUCACUGGCUGCAAAACCACUUCUAAAUCCUCCUUAUUGUGAGAGAGAGUUGCCGGCAAUAAUUUGUUACAAUCUCUUUUUUUUUUUUUUUUGCAAACUUCAGAACUGUUUUUUCUUUCUUUUCUUUUUUUUUUCCAGUUUUUGUUAUAUUCAGAUUUAAAUAUAUUCACAUGAAUACAUUUUGUAUUUGUAAAUAAAUAAAUAUACUUUAUUUAUUUUUGUUACUUUGCCCCAAUAUUUGGGUACAUGUUUUCUAAAGCAGUCCUCUCACUUUCACACUCUUGCAGUAUUCAUAUGAUGUUACUCUGAAUUUUUUGGGGAAGUUUAUUGGCUAGUGGCUGAAUCAGGGACAUCAUGCAUAUAUGUGUAGCUGUCACUAUUCUGUCUCUUGUGAGUUUGAAUUCUCCUGCUGGCUGCUCUUUCAUGGAGGAUGUAGUUGUUGUUCCUAAAAGGCUGGAUCCUGAUUUAAAUGGAAGACAUUAUUUCAAAGUAGGCAAUGAACAUACAAAUGAUCUAGGUGUUAUUUUCCAAAUCACAGCUUUUAAUGAAGAUUUCUAUUUGAAUUUGAUCCCUGAUGCACGUUUCAUUGCACCAGCUUUCUCUAUGCACUUUCCAGGCUCACUUCCCAAACCAUCUCCAAAUUUAAGACAUUGUUUUUAUUCAGGGGAUGUUAAUGCUGAUCGGGAUUCCUUUGCUGCUUUGAGUCUUUGUGGUGGACUUCGUGGGGCUUUUGGAUACCAAGGAGUGGAAUAUCUCAUUAGCCCUCUAAGAAAUAUCACGGGGAAUCAAGUUCAAAGCAGCCACCAGGGGCCGCACCUGCUGCAACGCAGAAACGUGCCAUUUCGUUCAGUAGACUCUACCUCCAGGUGUGGGGUUAGUUCUGGUUUAAAUCAUGGCAUCAUGGAAGCUCUGGAGAGAUACAAGGGGUCUAACCACAGCAAAAGACACACAAGUGGCACUAAGACAAGGAUCAGCAACAGAUCCAGGCGUUUUGCAUCUAUCACCAGGUAUGUUGAGACACUUAUUGUAGCUGAUGAGACGAUGCUCAAGUUCCAUGGAGAUGACCUUCAACAUUAUCUCCUCACCCUGAUGGCCACAGCAGCUCGGUUAUACAAACACCCCAGCAUCCAGAACCCCAUUAAUAUUGUUGUAGUAAAGUUUAUGGUGCUCACGGAUGAUGGGAAGGGACCCAAAGUUACCACCAACGCUGCCAUGACCCUGAGAAGCUUCUGCAGCUGGCAGAAGAAAUGGAACAAAAUGAGCGACAAACAUCCAGAGUACUGGGACACAGCCAUUCUCUUUACCAAACAGGAUCUCUGUGGAGCCUCAACAUGUGACACUCUAGGAAUGGCCGACGUAGGCACAAUGUGUGAUCCCAGGCGCAGCUGUUCUGUAAUAGAGGAUGACGGUCUUCCCUCUGCUUUCACCACAGCGCAUGAGCUUGGUCAUGUUUUUAACAUGCCCCAUGACAAUGUCAAAGCCUGUGAAGAAGUGUUUGGAAAGCUGAAGGAGAAUCAUAUGAUGUCACCAACAUUGAUACAGAUUGAUAGAUCCAAUCCAUGGUCUGGAUGCAGUGCAGCCAUCAUCUCUGACUUCCUGGACAGUGGUCAUGGUGAGUGCCUCUUGGAUGAGCCAGCAAAGCCGAUACCGUUGCCAGAUGAGCUCCCAGGUGCUCGGUAUGGCCUUAGCCGUCAGUGUGAGCUCGCAUUUGGCCUGGGUUCCAAGCCUUGCCCAUACAUGCAGUAUUGCACCAAACUGUGGUGCACAGGAAGAGCACGGGGGCAGCUGGUAUGCCAGACACGACACUUCCCCUGGGCAGACGGAACAAGCUGUGGUGAAGGAAAAUUUUGCCUAAGUGGGGCCUGUGUAGAAAGACAUAGCAUCAACCGAUAUAAGACAGAUGGUGGUUGGGGAAAAUGGAGUUCAUAUGGUCCUUGCUCACGGACAUGUGGAGGAGGAGUCCAACUGGCCAAACGAGAGUGUAACAGCCCAGAGCCCUCUCAUGGAGGUUCUUAUUGUGAAGGACUGAGAGUAAAGUACAGAUCCUGUUCUCUCAACCCCUGUCCUGAUAUUGGAAAGAGUUUCCGUGAGGAACAGUGUGAAGCGUUCAAUGGCUUCAAUCAGAGCACAAACCGUUUAACAGCGACAGUGGGAUGGGUUCCCAAAUACUCCGGAGUUUCACCCAGGGAUAAAUGCAAACUCAUUUGCAGGGCCAAUGGCACCGGAUAUUUUUAUGUGCUGGCUGCAAAGGUUGUGGACGGUACUCCGUGUUCUCCAGAUUCCACCUCUGUCUGUGUGCAGGGGAAGUGCAUUAAAGCUGGGUGUGAUGGGCAACUUGGUUCCAAGAAGAAAUAUGACAAAUGCCGGGUGUGUGGAGGGGAUAAUAAAAGCUGCAAAAAGAUUUCUGGUCUCUUUACCAAACCCAUACAUGGCUAUAACUUCGUGGUGACAGUUCCAGCUGGUGCCAGUAACCUGGAUGUAAGGCAACGUGGUUAUAAAGGCCUCAUAAAUGAUGAUAACUAUCUGGCGGUACGAAAUAGUCAAGGUCGGUAUCUGCUGAAUGGGAAUUACAUUGUGUCUGCAGUGGAGAGGGACAUCCCUAUCAGAGGAAGCCUAUUGAAGUACAGUGGAACAGGCACUGCUGUGGAGGCUUUGCAAGCUAUCAAUAUAAUUCAAGAACCAUUGACAAUAGAAGUUUUGUGUGUUGGAAAAAUGACACCACCACGACUGAGAUACUCAUUCUUUGUACCUAGGGAAAAGAAAGAUGCUAAAGCUGAAAAGACAAUAAGCAAUAGCCUUGUAGGAUUGCCUCCUCCUCCUCCCAGGCUUCAGCCUCAGUCUCACUGGACCUCAGGUGAUUGGGGCGAUUGCUCUGUCAGCUGCGGUAAUGGACAGCAGACCAGGACUGUUGAGUGUCGUGACCCAUGGGAGCAGUUGGCAUCUGACUGCCCAGCAAGUCUUCGGCCUAUAGACAUAAGGAAAUGUGGUGACCCUUGCCCAAUGUGGGAGGCUGGAGAAUGGGCACCUUGCUCUAAAAGCUGUGGUCGUGGUUUUAAAAGACGACAACUGAGGUGCAGUGCAGGUGGAGGAGUAACUUUGCCUCGAGAGCAUUGUCACUUGAAGAGGAAGCCUCAAGAGUUGGACUUCUGCACCAUGAAGCCUUGCUGACUUAUUGGAUUUGAGGUGCAAAAUGGUUACCUUGUUGGACUCUAGAGAUCCAGGAAUAGGAUGCAUUAUGUCCUUCUGCCAACAAUCAGAAUAUGUGUAAGCCAGAUGUGUCAAAAAUAAUGGUUCACUUUGAAGGAGUCUGAUAACCAAAGACAAACAUUUUGUACUUUGAAUCUACACAGAAGACUGAAGAACAUAUACAAUUCUGGGACAUUUGGAGGCAAUCCUGGCCAAUGCUUUGCACUUUUUACUAGUGUGUUUUGUUACUUUAGUUUAUGUUUAACACAUUAGUGCUGGUCAAUCCUGCAUUGUAUAUAUGGUUCCAAAAGCCACCUAAUAGAGAUCUUUCUACUUGAGUCAAAUAUCUGUGACUGUAGGAUAGGACGAAGGAACUAUAUAUUUUUGUGAUGAAAUAACCUAUCCCUGUAUAGGGCACAAAUUAUAGGGAACUGUUUCACGUUUUGUUUACAGUGCAGCCAAAUUGUUUUUGGUUUCCUUUAGUGAUCCAGUCCUUAACUAAACACAUUAAAUGACCUGACCUAGGCGAUUAUUACAUGACAUAUAAUUCUCUAACAGAUAUAUAGAUUUUAAUCUGCAAGAAACAGGACUAAAAUAUAACCCAACAAUUAACCAAAUACAGAGAAAUUAAGGACAUUUUGUGAUAAAAAAUUCAUUUUCUAGGGAGAACCUGGGUAUUGUGAAAUUGCCAUCCCUAGACAACUUAUCUCACAUGCCUUUAGAUUUUUCAAAUAUAAAUGUUAGGGUGUUAAGAAUCUAUUUGGCAUGUUUGGAAUGCCAACUUAUAGCAGGACUGUGUGGAAAAUAUGGAGUUCAACAAACCUCCUGUUUAAUCUACCUCCAAAUGGGAUGAAUAAAGCGGAGGGGCUCUUAGCAAUCUAUGUAUGAGAUUAGGACUUGAAAUAUUAACCCUUUCGCUGCCAGAUAUAGCUGCAAUGUAUUACUAUGCAAUACCUUACAGCGCUGUCUGACAGUCAGAUGAUCAAGUCUAGCACUGUAUAUAAAUAACCCAUACCAAACAUACUUAUGUCUUCCUCGGCAACUUACAUUAAAGGGACUAUAUAUAAAACCAUUACUGCAAACAUUGCUGCCACAUAAUGCUCAAAAUGUGUACGCUCUUGAGCCUACCUAAGUAUGUUUUAUUUGAAUUAUGAAACUUUACGUUUUAACAUCUAUAUCUCUUCAAUUCCAGGUUUUUAUUUUCUAAUUUGGUGCUGAUUUAUGUAGAAUUUCACUUAGAAUAAUUAUAAAGACUGUGUUUGUAAGUUAAUAUUUCUACAUGUUUGCAUCUGCAUCCAUUUAAGGUCAUUUUUAAAUAAUCCUGUUUCAUGCAGAUCUCAUUUUUUUUAAUGGUGCUAAAAAAAUAAAAACUCAGAAAAACGUCCAGAAUCUUCGGCUUAAAGCUGCAGUGAGAAACUCAUCAGUCCUGUAUGAGAUAAAGGGGUCAAUUUAUUAAACGCCGGGUGAAUCAUGUCCACCCAGCAUCUCUAAAUGCCGACAGCAUACACUGUCAGCAUUUAACAUUGCACAAGCAUUUCUUGUGAAUUGCUUGUGCAAUGCCGCCCCCUGCACAUUCGCGGCCAAUCGGCCACUAGCAGGGGGGGACAAUCAUCCCGAUCGGAUCAGGAUGAUUGCAGUCUGCCACCUAAAAGGUGGUGUACAAGUUAAGGAGCAGCAGUCUUACGACCGCUGCUUCUUAACUAAAAAGCAGCACCCGCUGCUGAUUAAAUCUAGGCCAUAAUGUCAGGACUUUCCUAGGAACAUUUCGUAGUCUGAGGUGACAUUAGUAGAUAAAACUAUCAUCUUAAAUUGCACAGAAAUCAGCAUUAAACAGACAAUAGAGGUCAAGCAUUAAAUAGACCAUAACAAUUGUAGUCACAUCCAUAUAAUUGUAGCCACCAAUAAGCAAGUGCUAUCCAGGGUGCUGAAUCUAAAGUGGGCCGAAUCUUAAGCUUCAGAUUCCUGCUUUUCGAAAAUAAAAAUUGGUAAUUGGAGUAAAUUAGAAAGUUGCUUAAAAUCGCAUGCUCUAUCUGAAUAAUGAAAGACAAAAUUUGGGUUUUGUGUCCCUUUAAUUCAGUGUUUAUAAAUAACAAUAUUUAACAAGGAUGAGCAAGCUGAAUUUUCCCCUCAGUUUAUAAAUAUAAGGCUUUAUUCCAAUAAACCAAAUCAGGGCUUGACCAUUUCUGAGCAGCAAUUGAUUUUAAUGGAUCAUACUUGGCACUGUGAAUAUGAGCAGAUUUUAAUGGCACAACAAGAGAACAUGCCUGUUUAAACAAGAAAAGGAUAACUGAGAGAAAUGAAAAUAUGGAAUAACUCACAUUAGUUACAAGGAGACUAACCAAUGCUAUAUAUAUUUUUUUAUUCCUGAAUGUUUUCUUUACAUCACUAGAUAAAAUGCUUUUCCAAAAAACAUUGCAAAAAACCAGGGCUGGAUCAGCCGCAUUUUUCUCCUGUAAACUUGGAUCUUGAAAGUUAAAUGUAACUAAUUUCACAAUUAAUAAAUUGGGCCAAAAGUGACUGAUUAUAUUACAAGAUAAAAUCUACCGAGACGUUCAAAAGAGUUAGUGACUUUAUUACAGCUGGUAAACUUGGAAGGAGAAACAAAGAUAGAAUCUGGCUGAUUAUUCCCAGAUGCGACUGUUGUGUUCAUUUAUUUUAUAUUUUUGUACAUUUCUUUUGCUUUGUUUUUGAUGUAGCAAAAGGAGCAGAAGAGCCACGGUUUUUAGGCUAUGUAUAUAAGUUUGUAUACUGUGUAUACUCAUUAUAGGCAUGUACAAAGAGAAAUAAAUUUGUACAGAUCCAAGUCAAGUCUUGGCAAAUGUACUUCAUAAAGCA